GAUCCAACGGACCCUGCAUUUUCUCUUGCUCUUUUCUCUCUCAUCUCUCUCUCUCUCCCCGGCCGGAAAAUAUUUCCCGGCGAACGUUUCUCCCGAAUUUUUGUUUGUCUGUUUUUGCUCCAUCUGUUUGUAUACAAUUUGGAUUUUUCUCGCCGGAAAAUCUACUUCCCCCUUUUAAAUUCUCGCCGGAAAAUCCAUACCCAGUUAACAUUUCCGGUACGGUGAGAAAGUUUUUUUUUUUCGUUUUUGUUGUUUUAGCAGUUUUUUGUGGAGUACCGUUUUUUUGAAUUUGGAGAAAUUGGGGAUUGGCGAUGGCUGAUUCAGACAACGAAUCAGGAGGUCACAAUAACGCGAACAGUGAAGGAUCAACAAGGGAACAAGACAGGUUCCUUCCGAUAGCAAACGUGAGCAGAAUUAUGAAGAAAGCUUUACCGGCGAACGCGAAAAUUUCGAAGGAUGCUAAGGAAACAGUUCAAGAGUGUGUAUCGGAAUUUAUCAGUUUCAUUACCGGAGAAGCAUCGGAUAAGUGUCAGAGAGAGAAGAGGAAGACGAUUAACGGUGAUGAUUUGCUUUGGGCUAUGACAACUUUAGGAUUCGAAGAGUAUGUUGAGCCAUUGAAGAUUUACUUGGCCAAAUACAGAGAAAUGGAAGGGGAAAAAACUACUAUGGGUCGUACAGGGGAGAAAGAUGGGGGUGGUGGAGAUACGGCGGGAGGUGGUGGUGGUGGUGGUGUUAGUUCUGGGGGUGGGUAUAACGGUGGUGGUGGUGGUAUGUAUGGUGGUAUGGGUGGUUCCAUGAUGUAUCAUCCUCAAGGUGGUCAUCAAAUGUAUGGUAGUCAUGGGUCAUAUAAUCAUAUGGGUAUGGGUGGCGGCGGCGGUGGAGGUUCCGGUGCCGGAGGUUCCGGUCAAGGGCGGAGAUAGAUUCUAUAAACUUCAAAUUUUGACUCGAUAACGAGCCAAAGUAGGCGGCAGUGGAAGUUUCAGAAUAUAAUAAAUUUUAAAUUCUGACUAGAUAAUGGGCCAAAUAUAUGGUAAUUGAGGAGGUGGAGGUUUCAGAAUAUUAUAAACUUUAAAUUCUGACUCAACAACAAGCCAAAUAACGAUGAUUGUGAUGGUGGAGUUAUAUUAUGACCUUUAAAUUCUGGCUCAAGUAACGAUGAUUGUAAUGGUGAAACGAUGAUUAUAAUGGUGAAAUUAUAUUAUAAAUUUUAAGUUCUGACUUUGCGAUUCGAUUACAAAGCCAAGGCAAGGUGUUAGAAGAAGGUGGUGAUAAAAAUUAAUCAUAUGAUGUAUCAUUGUGUUGAUAGCUAGUUCUAUUUCUUUACUUAGGUCCUUUCUUUUUUUAAAAAAAAAUAUGUAUAAUUUAUAUUUUUGAAGCACAUUGACAUGUGAGUUUUUAGAUAAUGCUUUAGCUUUUUGUCUUUUUUUCUUUUGAAGUUGGGAGUAUUGGUAGUAGUGGGUUACAUGUGUAGUACUUUUGUGGAGAAAAGGAUAUUGUUGAUGAUUUUUAAUGGAGAAAAAAGAAGUAAUAGUACUAUAUACAUCAUGAUAUAUUAUAACCUUCAAUGGAAGGCACUUGAAAUAUGUGUAUUUUAAUGGAACAAUGAAUGAGAUGCCAUUUUAUGUGUU